AUGACCACAGGGUCUUCUAUUCUUAUUCAUGAGUUUAUGUGCGUCCAGAACACUUAUCUCCUCCCCCUCACUCGUCCAGGCCUGCGAUUUGAUGUACAUCAGAUCGAGAUGCGCGAGGCUCAUCAUGACUUACCAGGCCCAAUGCGCUACAAGCACAUCCACAAGGAAAAGGCGCAUUACUGGAAGAAUGUUAGUCCACUUCCCGACUGUAGACGCUAUGAGUCACCAGACGACGAAAAGGACAAUGGUGCUGCUUUGGGGUUUGUGAAGGACGGAUCGGACGCUUGA